GCUACACAAGUUUUCCUUUUUUUUUUUAAACAAGUCGUCCGCAAGCAAACGCUGCUUCGUUCUGCCCAUUCCACAGCGCUUCAGUCGCACUGUUCACUCAAUCCGUAUACACACACACACACAUAUAUAUAUAUAUAGCUUGAAAGCGUCAUUUUUUUUCUCUUGCAUUUUCUUAUACCCUACUUCUAAUAUACCUCACUGCUUGCUGCUGUACCUUCUCUCCACACAGAAGUCCCUCGUAGCAACACCACAAGAAAGAAGAAAAGCUAAGGAAAAAAGCUCUGCACUGGAUCAUGUCCAAGGUCGCGGGGUCGUACAAGCGGACGCACACGCUGAGCGCACGUCGCCGCGACGCGGAGAAGGUGCGAGAGCGUGCCCCAGAUCGCAUUCUUGUGAUCUGCGAGAAGGUGGAGAACUCCCCGGUGCCGGACCUCGACAAGAGCAAGUUCCUCGUACCGCCGGACGCAACGGUCGGCGGCUUCUUGGUCAGCAUUCGCCGCCGCAUCACGAUGGAGGCCGAGAAGGCGCUCUUUCUUUUCGUGGCGGACAGCGUGCCCGCCAACAGCACGCUCAUGAGCGACUUGUACAAUACAUACAAGGACGAGGACGGCUUCCUGUACGUCACGUACUCGGGUGAGAAUACGUACGGUUAG